CGGAAGGAGGAAGCGCCAUGGCCGACGCCUGGGCCGGCUUCUCGCAGGAGGAGCUGCGGCGCCUGCGGGGCCAGCGCCCAGAUUUGUAUGAGCCCUCAGAGCAGCAGCAUCGCCCCCACACUGGGAAUAAGAGCCGAAAGCAACUGCAACGAGAAAAAGCCCUUCAGCAGCAAUGUCAGAAGCUGGGACUGCAGGGUGGAGCAGCCUCUGUUCCUCCUGAGCAGUUGCUUUCUGCACCAAAACAGAAGCCUUGUCAUCCUCAGCAGCCUGUGCCACCAGCUGAUGCUCCUUCAGCAGGAGAUCAAAGGGAUAGCCGGGACCAGCCGAAGGAAGCGACACCGAUAGAUGCCUGUAAUGGCAGUGCCAAUGGCCAGAGCAACCCUGCAAAGCCAAACUCCAGAGUGGAGAAAAAGAAAGUGGAAUUACAGGAAAAGUCACGAUGGGAAAUCCUCCAGCAAGAGCAGCGGCUGAUAGAAGAGAAGAAUAAACGCAAGAAGGCACUUCUGGCCAAAGCUAUUGCUGAGAGAUCCAAAAGAACUCAAGCUGAAACAGUGAAACUAAAAAGGAUUCAGAAGGAGUUGCAAGCUCUGGAUGACAUGGUGUCUGCUGACAUUGGCAUCCUGCGGAACCGCAUCGAUCAGGCCAGCUUGGACUACUCCUAUGCCCGGAAGCGGUACGAUAAGGCCGAGUCGGAGUAUGUGGCAGCCAAGCUGGACCUCCAGCACAAGACGGAGAUUAAGGAGCACCUCACGGAGCACCUGUGCACCAUCAUCCAGCAGAACGAGCUCCGCAAGGCCAGGAAGCUGGAGGAGUUAAUGCAGCAGCUGGAAGUGGAGGCAGAUGAGGAAAAUCUGGAACUUGAAAUAGAGGUGGAGCGGCUGCUGCAGCAGCAGGAGGCAGAAGCAGGGAAACAAGUCAACCAGUCCCACAGCCAUGCUGGGGCUGCAAAUGAUAGCCCUGCGGUACGGGAGGGUCAGCACACACACUGUGCUGUCACCCCUUCUGCUCCUUCUGAACAGAUGGUUCCAUCUCAAAAUGCCACGACCAAAUCUCUCUCCAGUACGGACAAACAAACUCAAGCAAUAGAUGUGACUCCAGGAAACCUCCCCGCUUGUUCUGCUACUUGACUGCUAUGCUCAGGUGGAUGGUAUAGUCUCUAUGGGCUUGUGUGCUGUAUGUUUUAUCUGGGCUGCUGCAGUGCCAGUAAUAUGCACUUCAUUUCUCUCUUCCUUUAAUGUUGUUUUCUAAUGUUAAAGGCUCUUAUUAUUUUUUCACAAGACUCCCAUUUGGGGUUCACCAUCUGUCAUCACUAUUCUGGUCUAAGUUCAUGUUCUCAUGCCCAGCUCUUCACGGGGCUUCGUACCUUCCUGAAACAGGAUACUUGGAAGUGAACAGUGGUGUUUUUCCAAAGGCCUUCAGCAUAUCGAUAUCACAGGUACCUGCUCCAGGCAGUGUGCAAGAGAUACAUAUCUACAGGAGAAAACAUCACAACUUAGUCUGCUUCUGAACUCAUUCUGUCCCCUGACAACCACGAUAGGAUGUUUGUCUUCCUUUGCAUCCAUAAGGGAUUAGUUUUUCAACGGUUUUUAAUCCUGGGAAACACAAGUGCUUACUUUAAUUGUCCUUAUAGCUGAUACUUCUUCCUGUACCUGGUUUAAAGGGACUCUACAUAUUAAGGGAAAUUGCAAAGUUGGUUGUAAUAUUCCCUAUUUAGCACUCGGCCUGUUUCUUUCAGGUAGUGCUAGAUCACUCAAGGCUGUACAGCAAUAACACUAUUAUCUGUGAAAUCACAGCAGCUGACUUGACAGAAAUGAUGGCUUACAGUUUCAGACAUUGCAGAAUAUAUGAUGUAGGAGUAGAAACACAGGAAAGAAUGUGUUACAAUUAAAGCUGUUGUGUUCCAGACUUUUUUUCUCUCUUGUAGAUGUCUCAAAGUUUCACUAAUUAGCAAGGGAUCUUGUAAUGAAUGAUCCCCACAGUAUAUCGGCAGCGAGUCCAUUUUCAUGCGUUGUCUUGCCUGAAGAUCGCGUCUGCACCCCGCAAGAAGUUCAGCUGGUUUGCUCUGUUGCUGUUGAAAGGCUUUCAAAAAGCUAUUCCAGGUGGAGAAAGUCUCAGGAAUUAAGAGAGGACACGGGAAAACCUCCCCUAGACCCAACUGCAGCUGCAAACCGUGGGGACUGCCUUCAGAGUUGUCUGCUUUGUAAGGGAGGAUGGCAGCUUUCCUCGUGGAAAUGAUUUCUGUCAUACCUGACCCUAACGUGUCAGAGUUUAUGAAUGAGUUACCAAAUGACACCAUCAAGUAUAUAAAUGGGACACCGAUUGUCUCUGUGGCUUUAAUAGUGGAAAAAAAUGUCUCUACAAUUCAUUUUUAUUCUAUUAAUAAAUCAG